AUGGAUGAUUCGGAAUUUGACUUUGACCAAUUAGAUCAACUAUUGAACUUUUUUUCUUCUCCUCCUCCUUGUCUUUCGGCUAUUAGUUUAGAAAAACAUGAUUCAUCAAUUAUUUCAUCACAAACACAGAACUCUAAUGAUGGAAAGAAGCCAACUAUCACCACUACUAUUGUUGAUGAUGAUCAAAGUCAAGAUCCUCCUAAAGAGAAAGAGAAGAAGAAAGUCUUACGCAAAGAUGUUGAAAGGCAAAGAAGGCGCGAUAUGGCUAAGCUUUACCAGCGUUUGCGCCUUCUUAUUCCUUCCAAGUAUCUCAUGGGAAAGAGAUCUAUAUCUGAUCAUCUAGAAGAGAUUGUGGAUUAUGUAAAAGACUUGAGGAAGAAUAUAGAGGACUUGGAAAUAAAAAGAGAAAAAUUGAAAGAAAUGAAAAAUAAUAUUUGUAGCUCUCAAUUGGCACCAUCUUCUUCCUCUAUGAAAUUAAGUGAUGAUGAUGAAGAUAGAAUAAUAGUGAAAUCAUGCAAUGGAGGAGUGGAAAUUUCAAUAAAAGGAGGGAUUUCUCUUUCAAAAGUGCUUAAAGUAGUUAUGAAAGAAGGACUUAUUGUUAAUAGUUGUGUUUCCUCCACAAUUGAUCAAAGGCUUCAUCACAUCAUUCAAUCUAAGGUUAAUACAAGAGGGGAUAUUGAUCUUGCAAUGCUACGAUCCAAGUUAAUGAGUUUAUCUUAG